AUGGUUAUCAGCGCCCAAGUGCUUAGUGUUAACGUUGGCGGAAGCAGCAACAACAGUAAUAGCGGUAAUAAUAAAGAAACGAAAUCCAGCAUUAGCGUUAAGAACAGUUCACCAGAGACGGCAAAAAUUACAACUGGUGACGAAAUCGAAAAUCAGGAAGAUCAGCAAAAAAAUCAAGAGUGUAGCAUCAAUCCACUGGUUGCGAAAACCCCAUCUGCAGUCUGGUUUAAGCAUCAUCAACUGCAGCAUCCUAAGUGGUUAUUGAAUUGUUGCACGUCAAAUCUUACCACAGCUGCGCAACAAUUAACUGUACUGAUUGACAGUAUUGGUAGCUGUAUUCCAGAUCUUGUCGCAACAUCAGCGACUAAUAUCGCUGUAAUUGCUACUGCUACUGAUAGCAGGCAUACGACUACAGCAACAACCACAACGGUUUCCACAACAGCUCCUGAUACUACGACAGAGCAGGAUAUGAGCCGAGAGAGUCGUCAUGUCCAUGUAAUUGGCCUACCGGAUAGUCUUUCGGAUGAACGAGUCUCAUCAUUUUUUUCCACGUAA